GUAAGAUUUGGAGAUGGCGUGGGUUGAAGAAGGAUGUGGUGAUGGAGGCGUUGUUGUGGGGGACGAUGAUGGUGAUAAACGAUCCAAGAUUGGCUAUCAACUUUUCCCAUCAUCUUCCUUCCUUGACAAUCUACCCCACGAAGUGUUCGAUGAAAUUCUUCUGAGACUGCCUCUCAAAGAUAUUCAUCGCUGCAAGUGCGUCUCAAAACGUUGGCUUAAUUGGAUCUCCAGUCCCUAUUUUGUUCGAUCUUAUAUCCAAUUCGAGACCACCAUCAAUCCCUCUCCCCCUUUGGCACUCUUUUACCAGUUCGAUGCUCAUUCACCAAAUUCAGUUGAUUAUAACCCUAACCUUAAACCUAACCCUAACGAACUAGGAAUCAGUUUUACAUCUGAAAUGCCCAUUUUUUCCCAAUCUCGUGGAUUUUCUUUGAAUUUCCUUCCCCAUCCCAACCCAUUAUCAUCAUCGUCAGCAGCAGUAGUUACAGCAGCAGCAGAUGAUCAACAGCAACAGCCAGCAAGAGGGCUCGGUGAUCACCUUCACCUCUUAGCGUCUAACAAUGGGUUAGUGUUAUGCUCUACAAGUUUGACUUCUCAUAGGGUUUACUAUGUAUGCAACCCCCUCACAAUGCAGUGGGUUGAGCUUCCUCCACCACUCACUUUACAAAAAAUUUUUCGCUUUGGGUUUACUACUAGAAUUCAUGUUGAAGAUUUCAAAAAAAGUAGCUUCAGGGUGGUGAGAAUCUGUAGUGGGAAUGAAUUAGUAUUAGUGCAUCGGAACACUCUCGAUUUGGAGAUAUUUUCAUCAGAGACGGGAACAUGGACAGAGUCUUUUAUAUCUUGCCCCAACGAGCCCUUUUUUGGUUCGUUUUGUGCAGUGGAUUACAAAGGAAUGUUAUAUUGGAGAUUCAAGAGCAUUUUCUUCGGUUUUGAUCCAUACAACCCCAGCCUUCCACAUCGUACCAUAGACAUGCCAAAGGGUUUUCAUGCCAGAAACUGUAAACAUGCCCAAGGAGUGUGUAACGGGCAUCUCAUGUUUGCCCAAUUUGGGGGUUACACUCUCACCAUUUGGGAACUCAAUGACAACUACAGUAGUGAUAGGGUUGAAUGGUCGGUGGUGCACAAGCUUUGGCUAAAAGUACAAUCCCUUCUUUCCCCUUUGACAGUAGUAGCUUUUCACCCCUUUGACAGAGAUAUUCUAUAUCUCUGGUCACCGGGUUGUAUUAUGGAGUACAACAUGCGGAGGAGCAAAAAAUUUGAAACAGUCUGUAAAAUUGCACAUUCCCGUGCCACCAAGUUUCUGCACCAUUUGGUCUCCCUCUUUGUGCUCCCACGGUGGCCUACUUCAGUUCCUGCACUUCCGCAGAGUCUUGGACAGAGAAGCUUGAAGGUGGAAAGUAUCAAGUAGGAGCACCUGAUCUGGCAAGUCAAUCAUGCCUCGCCUCCAUAUUCACUUGUAUGCAUAUAUAUUUAAAAUUUGCAAUGAGAAAUCUCUAUAUAAUAUAUAUAUAUAUAUAUAUAAAAGAAAUCUCUAUAUAGUAUUUUUAUCCUUUAUCUCCCCAAUUAUAUAUAAAAUAUAGUAUGCAUUUUUAGGAUCUGCAAAAUGUUUUUUUCCUUGUACCUUUGUGAUGGAACUAACAUACAUAUAUUUAUUCUCUUAUAUGUAUUAGUUUGAAGAUAAUUAGGCAAUGGCUGUCGAAUAUAUGGGAUUAUAUUGCGUACUGUUGGAUGAAGAAACAUGGAUUACCCACAAUGUGAAUAUAGAUAGGUAUAUAUAUGUAUUUGUAUUGAUGAAUAAAUACACACACUCAAAUAUGAUUGAAUGUAUAUAUACACAUACCACUUAAUAUAAAGAGCACGUGGAUCCUUAAUUUUCUUUUUUGGUAAGUUGAGAAGUGGCCACGCUCCCCAGCCACACCACUUAAUAUUAAGAGCACUGGGAUCCUUAAUUCACCAACAGUAUUUUAGACGAAUGUAAUUGUUGAUAUGGACAGAGGAUAAUGUAUAACGUUUGUGCUCUAUUCAGUAGGAAAGAAGAAAAAAAAUUGUAUGGAAGGGAGAAAAGAAGGGAUGGAUGAGACAUCCUAGGAAAGACAUUGUAUAUUUCCUUCUUUUUAUUCGGUUAGAUAGAAGAGAAGAAAAUAAGUUCGUAUUUAUUAUGUUCCUUAAGAG